AUAAAUACCGAGAAGAAGAAGAAGCGGUUACGAAGUGAUGUCACGGGUCGGGAAGAACAUUGUAUUUAUUGUAGGACGAAAACAAACCCAUUCCUAUGUGUUCAUUUUAGACAGCUAAAUAACCAAAACAUAAGGAGGCACCAGCAGACUAGUACAAACAUGUCAUAUGGUAAAGCUGAGAGCCGCCCGGUCCCACGGGACUUCGGCACACUCAUUCAGACAUGCAGCUCCAACAUCCAAAAGAUCACACAGAAUACUGCUCAGAUAAAGACCAUGGUGAACCAGCUGGGGACCAGACAGGACACCAGUGAACUGCAGGAUCGGCUGCAGCAGACACAACACUAUACUAACCAACUGGCAAAAGAAACCAACAAGCAUCUGAAAGAGCUGGGAUCAAUUCCUUUGCCCUUAUCACCUUCAGAGCAAAGGCAGCAAAAGAUCCAGAGGGACCGGCUGAUGAAUGAGUUCUCAGCAGCACUCAACAACUUCCAAGCAGUCCAGAGGCGUGCAGCAGAGAAAGAGAAGGAGUCUGUGGCCAGAGCAAGAGCUGGGUCCCGCCUAUCAACUGAAGACACUUCCCGGGAUGAAAAGCUUGUGUCAUUUGAUAACCAAGAGGAAUGGGGUCAGAUGACCACACAGACAGAGGAAAUGGCCAUCACAGAGGAGGACUUGGAACUCAUCAAGGAGAGAGAAACCAACAUCAGACAACUUGAGUCUGAUAUCAUGGAUGUAAACCAGAUCUUCAAGGACCUGGCUGUGAUGAUUCAUGACCAGGGAGAGAUGAUUGAUAGCAUUGAGGCAAAUGUGGAGAAUGCAGAAGUUCACGUAGAACGAGGAACAGAGCAGCUCCAGAGAGCUGCUUACUAUCAGCAAAAGUCCCGGAAGAAGAUGUGCAUCAUUGCUAUGGUUUGCUCCAUUGUACUUGUCAUACUUGCCAUCAUUAUCUGGCAAGCUGCUAAGUGAGCUGAUUUCACACGACCAACGCUUCUGUACCUGAUUUUGCUCAGUCCCCUCCCACCUGCAAGUACCUGCUUGGAAUCACAAGAAGAGCAAGAAAAGGCUUAUCCCUGUACCAAGAUCAGCAGAGCACAGCUCUACAGAGGGCGAGUCAAUGUGGAAAAUGUAGAUAUCUGAACUAAUCAAGCCUGUUUAUUUGUUUCAAAAACUGAAUCAAGUGAUUAAAGAGAAAGUGGAGGUCUGGGUUGAUGCAGGGGAGCAAUUUAAGAACAGAGAUUCCUAAAUUAGUCUCACUCAUACAUUUCUUCUUAUUAACUGCACUAACACUAGCUGUCACUGUUUUGCAAAUGUAAAAAUAUUGUUGGAAAUUAUAUAUAUAAACAAAACACAGCUUCUUUAGUUAAUUGGUGACAUUUAGGAUUGUAUUGUUUUUUACCAUGUUGUUGUGGCCCCUUCUGAUGUCUAUUGUGUGCAGAGAGCUGUAUGUCCAGCUGUGGCUCCUCACCUAAACAGGAGCUCAGUAUUCUCUUGGUAAUGACAACAGUGGUGAAACCACACAUGCUGUAACCUCAAAGCUAAAAAUGUUACCAGUAUAAGUCAAAUUCAAGGCUGCAAAUAUUCAGUUAAAACCUUGGAAUCAUAAAUAAUGACACUUUUGAAUGAAAUGUUUUACGUUGAUUUCUAUGAAUGGUGACAGUAUGCAGAAUAAAUGUCUUAAACAUUU